AUGACUCCAGCUCCGACCGAGACAGAUUCAGAAUUGUUUGCUAGCCAAUCACAGGAUGCUCUUGAAGUUGCCUUCAGUAUAAUAGCGAGCUGUGCUUUUGUGUUCAACCUUGCCUUCUGCGUAGUGCUCUUGAAGAAACGUGCCAUGCUCAAAAAGCCACAUAAUUCUCUUCUGUUUAACUUGGCCGUGACCGAUCUACUUACAGGUACAGUAUGCAUACUUUGAUUUAACUGCACUUUCGUCAUACACUAGGAUGGUAGAUUAGUAGUAUACAGUGCCGGAUCCAGUGUAGGGCCCACUCCUUACUUUUGGACCAAAAUGAGGCCCGAAGGGCCGAAAAAUAUUUUUUUUUGGAAAGCCUGCGAGCAAGCUCUCCUGUUUGGGCGAGUGAAACCAGUCUCGCGAGAACUCGUGAGCGAGCGGCGAGAGCUUGCUCGCUGGCUAAGGACGCGACAGCAACGACAACGUCACUUAAAAAGUGAAUUUGCGUUCUUCCAGUCUUUAUCGCGAUUAUUCCUACUUUCUUACUUUGCCAAAUGUAAGCGAACCCUUUUAAAUUAAAUUAAAUUCCAAGAGACCGUAUUCAAGUUCAGAGAGCGAAAUAUAACUUCGCCUUUGUUUGUUUAUUUUCUCCAUAAAACACAAAAUAAGGCAUUUUUAGGUCGUUAUUGUGCAAAACGGCAAAGAAAUGUUCGAAAAAGCUGUGAUGCACGUGCAAAGUCGUUGUUUUGCUUAUUAAAUUACCUAUUGUUUUUUAGACGUUCUCGUUGCUGUCGCGUCGAUGAAUGUUAAAGUCCGUAUUAUAUAGCCUGGGACCAAGCUCUGCAGUGGGGGAAAAAGACAAAAAACGGGGUCAAAUACGAAAAAUAUCGGCGAGCGAAGCGAGCCCAGCGAUGGCCUGGGGAGGGGAAAGGGGCGCCAUCCUUCACCCUUUCACCUCCCCAGACUACCCUACCUUUUUUUUCCUUUUUCCUCCAAUGCGGAGCCUGGUCCCAGGCUACUACUAUAACGGAAUUGUUUUCCUUAUACUUAUCUGCCGUGAUUUAUAUCUAGUUGGCAUCCCUGUGCAGCGUUUGAACAACCGGGGCCUGAUGUUUGUUUUAGUGGGUACCAACCCUGAAUUAAUUUCUUUCUUGACAGGAGCAUUUGUGAUUUUAACACCCGGUUACAUCUCAGAUGAACCCUUGUUUCCAAUAGCUGACGGGUUUGGUGGUGAGCUGUUUUGCGCGCUACUGGGUGAUAGGUACCUCCUCUUUACUGUGGCCAAAGUAUCCAUUUUGCUGGUCACAUGUCUUGCCGUGGAACGCUGGUACUGUGUGAUGAGACCAAUAAAGUACAAAAUACAAUUUGGAAGAAGAAGACUCAUAAUUUACAUAGUGGUUUCUUGGAUCGCUAGCUGUGCUUUGCAAAGUCACAAAUUUCUGGAGCUAAAACUCAGUGGAAAUAAAUGCGUUCCUGUUGAUAUUCCUUAUGGUAGAGAAGGUGCACAAGCAUUCCUUGCAGUCUACAGUUUCAGUACUUUUGUAAUCCCUUGUUUUAUCACGUGGCUUACCUUUGCACAUAUAAGGUUUCGUGCACCUUUUAAGCUGAAUAUUAAAUCAUCACAGAGUGAGCGCCGGGAAAAACAGCAAAAGAUCAUACUGCGCAUGUGCGCUUUGACAGCUGUUGUGUUCACAUUGUGUUGGCUUCCCGCCCAAUUGAGUUACACUUUAACUCCGUUUGGUAUCACUAGCGUUAGUAGUCCGUUCCACAAAGCGUGCAAUGUUAUUGCGUUCGUUAACUCGUGUAUAAAUCCUUUUAUAUACUGGUAUUAUCAUAGGGAAUACAGAAAAGAAUUCAUCCGGCUUUUUUGUUUCUGCAAACUC